AUGGAGGUCUGUGCAAAAUUGGAGAAGGCCCUGCUCACGUAUCCCACUCACCGCGCACUAUUGACGGUUCCCGCCGGAUGCCCAGUCCUGAACGAGCGGAAGACGAUCUCCUGGUCGGACGAGCUCCGCAGGUGCUUGCAUCCACUAGGUAAGACAUGGGCGAUCGCAGAAGACACCAGACACUGUGAGCAUCAUCCAGGAAUCUCAAUUCUGACUCGAACAUUGACAUGCGUAGCUGGCAAACUCGGGCAUGACUCGAGGGUCACCGCACUUGUCGUCUCCUCAGAUGGGCGUUGGGUAGCGACAGCGUCCGAGGAUUCCACCAUCAUCCUGUGGGAUGCUCGAGACGCAUGUAUCUCACAAGAGUGGCUCGCCCACACUGGGAAGGUCUGGGACCUCGCAUUCUCACCAGACGGCAGACACCUCGCGUCCGCCGGUGCAGAACGCAAGAUCGCAAUCUGGGACAUCGGUGGCAGUCCACGCCAACCGAGCACAUGUCUGGAGAGGGGCGAGCUUCCUAUCAUAGCGGUAUUCAGUCCCUCGAGCACACACAUCGCUGUUGGAUAUACAAGUGGAACGACCCGUGUCUGGGACCUAGCGACUAGAGGGCAGCCUCUGCUCUUGCCGGGCCACGAAGAUUGGGUCCACGAUGUGGCUUUUUCCCCGAAUGGUCAGCUGCUGCUCUCAGCGGCGCAAGACAAGACGAUCAAGGUAUGGGAUGUACACACAGGUUCUGUGGUUCAUUUACUUGAGGAACACGAGGACGGCGUGUGCAAGGCGUGCUUCUCGCCGUGUGGGAAGUAUAUCGCCUCUGCGUCUGAUGACGAGACGGUGAGGGUGUGGAGGACGGGCGAUGGACUAUGCUUGGCAACUCUUUCCGACCACGGUUCCCGGGUCGAUUAUGUCGCGUUUACUCCCGACGGGACGAUGCUGUGGUCUGCAGUACGCAAUGGAACUGUCCAGGGUCGUCGCUUGCAAGAUGUCAUACCAAAUGAAUUCAAGCUCUAG